GAGGAGCCGGGACGAGCUCGCGUGUACUUGCCCUGCGCCAAGAUGCCGUGAAUGCUACGUUCGUGCAGCUCGCAAUCCUUGCGUUGUGGCGAGCAUGUGGAUCUUUAAGAGCAACCUCGCUCUCGCUCGGCCUCUUGCGCCAUCUCUCGUUGGCGUCGGGAUUUUUCUCGCCCUAGACCAUUUUCUUCUUCCUUGCUUCCUUCCUUGUCUGCGCUGGUUCGAAGUCCACGGAACAUGCCAGCCGAUCAAUCCGAUCGGGGGAGAUUCUGGAGAAUCCGCGGAAGGAUUAAAUAUCUUCGCAUAGGUUCCUCUGCAUAUCCGCGAAUCGUAGGUCUAACCCUUCCUGCUGCCCAGCGCAGUCCUGGCCCGCUAUCCUCUGGCGCAGCGUUCGAGCUUCGAACACUUCCGGUGAGAAGUGUUUUCUUGACAUGGAUUGAGGAAUUGUGCGCGGAAGACUACCGUAAGUAGUUCGUACUCUCGAGCCGAAUCAAAGUGAUCAAUGAAAAGAUCAAGAGUCUUCGCUACAGUGGAGCUUGAAGCUUGGCAACAUCUUGGAGCUGAGCUAAGUCAACAGAGGAAGAUCUUGAAAGAGUUCCCUGGAUUCCGAUUAGAUUAUAUGUAGAUUUUCUGCUGGAUCUACACAUCCCCGUUCGAGCUGAGAACGAAUAUUGUGGCGAGACAACAUGUUUCUGUAACGUGUACACAUGACAUUGAUUUGAUCAGCAAUGAGUCAUCACAUUGUUCAACAAUUCCAGUGUCUUCUCAGUCAUGUACAUACUGAAGACUCCUCAAAGCAAGCAGGGCUGGAAAAGUGAUGGAUCCAAAGCCUAAUGCUCGCGAAUAUAGACUUGAAUAUUUUCGUCAUGACAUUUUCCCCUUUUCAUUUGCCCAUUUGCCGU